AUGGCCUGCGCAGACUGCUUCCGCGGCAACAUCCACGAGGGCACUCCCAAGGGCGAGGUCAGCCACGUCCAUGGCCUGCCGACGUACAUUUCCCGGCCUCCCUCGGGCACGGCGUCGCGCGGCAUCGUCGUCAUCAUCCCGGACGCCUUUGGCUGGGAGUUUGGCAACAACCGCCUGCUGGCGGACAAUUACGCCAGAAAGGGCGGCUUCACCGUCUACCUCCCUGAUUUUAUGAAUGGCCAUGCCGCUCCGUUGAGGAUGUUUGACCACGGUCGCGCCUUUUCAACCUCACCCAGCAUCCUAACAAAAAUGUACCACCUCUUCUGGGCCGUCCUCGACGUCAUCCCGUUCUUCUACCAUUGCAACCCGUGGAGCACCUUCCCCGUCGUCAAGGGCUUCUUCUCGCAGCUGCGCAAGGACGAGGGCGCCACGCAGCCCGUCGGCGCCGCGGGCUUCUGCUGGGGCGGCAAGCAUGUCGUGCUGCUGACCCACGGCCACGAGCUGGACGGCCGGCCGCUGCUCGACGCCGGCUUCACCGCGCACCCCAGCAUGCUGAGCAUCCCCGGCGACCUCGCCAAGAUCCGGCGGCCCGUGUCGUUUGCGCUGGCGGCCAAGGACGACCAGAUCUCGCCGGCCAAGGCGGCGCAGCUCAAGAGCAUCGUGGAGGCGCUGCCGGAGCCGGCCAAGGGCGAGGCGUUUGUGAUUGAGAGGACGGGACACGGGUUUGCGGUUCGGGCGGACUUGGCGGAGGAUGACGUCGCGGCACAGGCGGCGAGGGCGGAGGACCAGUGCAUCGACUGGUUCAACAAGCAUUUUUGA